AUGGGCAAAGUAAUUGUUUUAGGAGCAGGAGUUGUGGGACUAUCUACAGCACUUGAGCUUGUCCAGAGAGGUCACGAGGUUGACAUUGUUGCUCGUCACUUGCCGGGUGAUAUUGAUAUAGAGUAUACAAGUCCUUUUGCGGGUGCCAAUUGGUCGAGCUUUGCCGAAACCGACGAGGAACAGGAAUGGGACAAGCUCGGAUACGAAAAGCUACUCGAGAUUGCAAAAACCGAACCCGGGGCUUCUGUUUGGGCCAAAAGAUCUCUGAAUUAUAACCGAGAACCGGCUCCAAGGCUUGCUUCGGUUGUCAAGGAUUUGCGCAUUUUGCCUGAGAAUGAGCUUAUUCCAGGAACUCACUGCGGUUUCGAAUACACCUCGAUCGUGAUCUCUGUUGGAACCUAUCUUGCAUAUCUUUCUCAGAAAUUGAUGGCCGCUGGGGUUGUAAUCAGACGUGCCCAUGUGGCACAUAUAAAGGACGUGGCCUCAUACUAUACCAAGGGAACUCCUGAGGUGAUUGUCAACUGCUCCGGAUUACUUGCACGCAAGUUGGGAGGUGUUGAAGAUAAGGCUGUUUAUCCAAUCAAAGGUCAAAUCUUGUUGAUUCGAAACAAUUGCUCCACACUGCUUUCUGUUUCAGGUACUGAGGGUCCCGAUGAGGAGGCAUUCUACAUUUUCCCCCGAAAAGAGGGCGGUGGUAUCAUUGGUGGUUCUUACGUACCAAAUGAUUGGAGUGCUGAUAUUAGCGAGGGCUUCAUUGAACGUACCAAGCAAAAAGUGGCUAAGUACUGCCCAGAGCUUCUUGAAGAGGGGCCUCUUGAUAUCUACAAGGCUGUUGUCGGCCUCCGUCCUGGUAGAGAAGGUGGUGUCAGGAUCGAGAAGGAGACGAUUCCUGGUGUAGGUAAUGUGGUGCACAAUUACGGCUGUGGAGGGUGUGGUUACCAGAAUUCGCACGGUAUGGCAAUCAAGACGGCGAAACUUGUGGAAGAAUUCUUGAAAAAAUGA